GGCAAUAUCCAGUGGUUGUCUCAGAAAAUUCCUUUUUUGAGUCUUGUCGAGUCCCUCAUUGGCCUACAUUUUGAGAUCCCACAUCUGAGAUCGGAAUGCGGUAGUUACAGAGAAGCGUCGCACGCGCCACUAUCACCUGCAGACAGUCGGAAGCUUCUAUCUUUUAUUCCCAGCCGAUAUGGACGAGUUCCAUCCUUAACCCAUGCAGCAGACUGUCUUAGCGCAAGAUUACAACAGAUUAUACAAGCCGAUAGUCAGCGCACGUCGAUUGGAGAAGUAGUCAUCCUCGAUCACCACGCCAUGGCUCUGAAAGCUCUUCAAGUGGCCAUCGAUGACCCAGAUGCGCGGAUGCUGCCUGAAACUCUCUGUGCAGCGGAACUCUUAUAUUUCUUUGAGCUUCUGAAUGGAAGACCAGAAAUUCAUCCCUAUAAAUAUCACGGCGCUGGUGUGUCCAGAUUGAUCCAGCUACGAGAGCCAGAGAAUUUUACGACAGACUUUGAGAAAGCAUUAUUGAUGGCUUACACUGGACCAUUGUUUAACGAGGCUUUACUGGAUAAUACUGCAUGCUUCUUAAUGGAAGAUAGAUGGCUGAAGACUUUGAAUACAUCGAUCGCCCAAUAUUCACCUUCAUCUCCGGGUUUAGCUGACAGCGUGCUUGAAAUUUGGUCACAUAUUGUAAAUUUGCCAGCUCUUUUCAAGGAAACUACCGAUCUGGUUCUAUCAUAA